GAUCAUCUAUUUUUGUUUUAAUCAAGCAAAUAGUGUAGCAAAUUGUAAGCUACACUAUUGACCUCGAAUCUUCAAUACAGUUCAAUUGUCUAAUUGGGAUUACAUUAAUCCAGAUGACUGUGAUUUCCCGGAAACUGAGCAGUUAACUUGGUUCGCAAAACAAUUAGAUUAACUUCUAUUGACUACAUUACCAACUUAUUUCAAUCACUGUUUCAAUCGCAAACCUUAAAAUUGAAGAUGAGUUUAAUCUAAACGAUAUUAAAAUUCCGUUCUAACUGUUGAAUGACGCAAAAUAUUCAAGUCUUCAUUAAUCCUAUUUUGGUUGUAAAGCGACAGAUAAUUUCAUCAGUUGAAUACGACAUUGAGUCUAAUCUUAGUCUGGAAACAAUGAAUUAGUCCUUUAAAAAGAAGGUAAAUUAUCCAUUGAUCAAGUUAAAUCAAUCAGAGAUAGUUUAAAUUUCCAGUGAUUUCAUCGUUUCAUCAGAAAGAUCAACACAAAAUGUCCAAACUGUUCGCAUCAAUAUCAAUCUUAAUUUUAUCAAUUGCGAGCUUUAUCCCGUUAAUAACAAUGGCCUGGAUACCGAAUGGACCAUCCUCUCUUGGGCCAAUUCGUAUAGACAAAAAAAGUGACGGAUUCCUUGAGGUUGGCUGUUAUGGUGACUAUGAUAAAGCCAAGUUUGCCCGACUGGAUCGCUUGUGUGAGGAAUGCUAUGAGCUUUACCGAGUUCCUGAUUUAUUCACUCAAUGCAGGCAGAGCUGUUUUAGAAAUGACUAUUUUCCUAAAUGUAUUGAAGCUUUAAUGGUGACCAAUGAAAAGGAGAAACUCAUGGAGAUGGUCGAUAUCCUUAAUCGAGGUCGACUUUUUCAUCCAGCAUAAAUAAUCAAAAUCAUAAUCAUUAUCAACGUAAGCAAUUAAAAUGGUUCAAUUAUUUCCAAUUAUUCAAUUGUUUUUAUCUUUAUUUGAUCAUUUCUUUUGCUUUUGCUUGAAGAAGCAACAACUUUGACUUUUGAAAUUUAUUUUUUGAUCAUUGAAGACAAUCAAUUGACUGACUCAUCAUUAAGCUAAAUUGAGACAAUUACACUCAAUAAAAUGGUCAACUAAGAUGAUUAUCAACACCAUAAACACCUAAAGUUCAGUAUUUGUUUUUACACAUUCCUUGUUUCCCUUGUUCUUAAGCAUUUCCAAUGUGACUGAACAAUCGUGUACAAUGCACUGAUUAUGUUGAAUAAAACUGUAUUUAAAAACAAA